AUGGCGUCUUCCAGCGAAAACUAUCCACGAGGACCAUACGAGGUCGGCAAGCACAUCGUUCCUCCUCCACGGCCAAGCUCACCAUCAACUGCCGAGUACCGCCUCAAUCAUCUCAUGACGCGUAUCAAAGACCCAGAAAAGAGUUUGAAGUUCUAUUGUGACUGUUUGGGCAUGCACGUUGUGUUCAUCUUCAAUGCUGGUCCAUUUACCAUUUACUACCUAGGACCACGAGAUAGUGGUAUGUCCACCCUCGGUACCUCAAAGGGGUUACUAGAGCUGUACCACAUCCCCGCAGACGCGUCUACGCCGUAUACUUCUGGCAAUGACUAUUCUAAUUCGGCGGGAAUCGGCUUCGGUCACAUUGGAUUCACAGUACCCGACGUCGCUGAAGCACUGGAAAGGAUCAAAAGCUUUGGCUACGAAGUCAUCAAGCCGCUGGAUGAGGCGAAAGAAGAGCAGAUGGGUUUACCCGCGGAGGCUGUGGAAGGAAAGCACGGAACAGUACAAGACGGCUACAAGCAUGUCUUCAAACAGCUCGCUUUCGUGAAGGAUCCGGAUGUAAGUGAACGCCAACUAGUGGAAGCAAAUGCAUGA